GCUGAGCUUCCGGGGACUGUAGCUGGAGCGCCGGAGGAAGAGCAGGAUCAGCUGAACUACAGAAGAAAUUAAAAUAUUUUCCUGAAAUUCAUCACCAACAACCAGGAUAUUUAACUAAGAGCAAAGUUAAACUACUGAAAGAGGUGAAGCAGAAGCCGUCCUGAAGAAUCUCCAGAACACGCAAAAAUUGUUUGCUACAUUUAAAAGACAAAUGAAGCCAAGUCCCGACAUGGAGAAACAUCAGCACUCUGUCAAGAGUUUUACUAAACAGAGUAAUCUCAAAAAACACCAGCGCAUUCAUACAGGAGAGAAACCGUAUCACUGCUCAGACUGUGGGGGGAGUUUUAAUCGACAGAGUCAUCUCAAACUGCACCAGCGCAUUCACACAGGAGAGAAACCGUAUCACUGCUCAGACUGUGGGAAGAGUUUUAAUCAACAGAGUCAUCUCAAACUGCACCAGCACAUUCACACAGGAGAGAAACCAUAUCACUGCUCAGACUGUGGGAAGAGUUUUACUACCCAGAGUGAUCUCAAACAACAUCAGCGCAUUCACACAGGAGAGAAACUGUAUCACUGCUCAGACUGUAGGAAGAUUUUUACUAAACAGAGUAAUCUCAAAAAACACCAGCGCAUUCACACAGGAGAGAAACCGUAUUACUGCUCAGACUGUGGGAAGAGCUUUAAUCAACUGGAGACUGUCAAACGGCAUCAGCGCAUUCACACAGGAGAGAAACCGCAUCACUGCUCGGACUGUGGGAAGAGUUUUACUACACAGAGUCAUCUCAAAAUACACCAGCGCAUUCACACAGGAGAGAAACCGUAUCACUGCUCGGACUGUGGGAAGAGUUUUACUGAACAGAGUACUCUCAAAAUACACCAGCGCAUUCACACAGGAGAGAAACCGUAUCACUGCUCAGACUGUGGGAGGAGUUUUAAUCAACAGAGUCAUCUUAAAAGUCACCAGCGCAUUCACACAGGAGAGAAACCGUAUCACUGCUCAGACUGUGGGAAGAGUUUUACUACACAGAGUAAUCUCAAAAAACACCAGCGCAUUCACACAGGAGAGAAAAAUGUCCCAAAUUUGUCCCAUGGCAAUUAAAAGCGCAAAUCAUAAAUUCCACCAGAAACAAAUAUGAACUGUAUUUAACAAUGGAUUUUACAGGUUCAGCAAAACUAUUCUUAUCCAGGGAUUUCUAGGGCUGUCCCUAACGAU